GCAUUUCUAGCCCUCCGGCAACCAGUCAUCCAGCUUCCCUCGUUUAAACUUCCAGGCCAACUCCUGACUUCUUGCAGCCGCCUUUUUUCGUUCUAACUAGGCUUUUGGGAGCAAAAUAGUUUGAAACUUAAAACUGAGGAUCAUCUCAGUUGUCGUUUAUAGUUGCUGAUUCGAGUCGCUUAGCGCUUGCACCUGGACUACGCUUGGUUGAAGGACUUCUGCAGGUUGUCUUACCCCUAAACGUCUCCCUCCUUGACUGAGCUCGCUCCUGACGUCUGGAAAGUGUAAAUAGCUGGCUUCUUGAAGCAAUUCACGCUUGAAGCGCCGAUUUGAUCUAUUCUCAAAACAUAGCUGCCGGUUGAGUCGCCUAGUGAAUCUUGAGUCGACGCGAACCACACUCAUAAUUAUUUUGCUGGACGUGUGCCGCCUUGCACCUAGUAACUGCAAAGCUAGCGUUCGCAUCAUCCUUGGCAUCAACGCAAGCCAAUCACAAGAAACCAACGAGAUUGUCGACAGGCUGAAACAUGGGGCUACUGUUCACGAAGAUCAGCCCCAUAGAGACGAUCGAACAGGCGAAGAAGCACCGAGCAGAGCCAGUGGUGCUCUCGGUGUUGAGAGAGAACCUCGGCAAUGCUCAUCACUCGGUCACUCUGUUUCCAGCGCGCGGAGCCAUGAGCCACGACCGCCUGGUGUACUCGGGCGACCUGUCGGCAGAAGACUUCAGAGCGGUUAAGCAGAUUCGCCCCCUGCUACGGCUGGAGUACCUUCGAGGCCAAAAUGCUGCGAAUAUCAGGCACGGAUUGACAGGAGAGGUUCUUAUGAUGGUGGUGACGGAGGCGAGUGAAGGCGAGUGGAACCAGAGGUCAGGGCUGAGCUUCAGGUGUGGGCCCGAGACCGAGGCUCGAGUGUACAGCAACGGCCUGCCUGUGGGAAUUAACAUCUCCAGCAACUACCUCGCCAUCUCCCCGCCUCCAGUCCAGCAAGAUGGGCCUAAUUUCGACUUCGGCCCGUCCAUGGUGGAAUUGGUGAAGACCUGGGAAAACCGGGCUCUGGUGCUGUCGCACAGGGAUGGCGAUGGCUUUGCGGGGACUAGAGUCGCUGCUUUCACUCAAGUAGGUGGUCACCGGGUGUCUGUCUUUCGACUGCUGGAUGGUGGCGCUGUGGAUCCAAUUGUCGCCAUUGCCCUUUCCUGGUUCAACGAUGUUGAGACAACUUUGUGACAAAAACCCAGGCAGGCUAAGGGAGGGUGGACAUGACCAACGUUGACGUACCAUGCGUCGUUGAGUUGUAGUGCAAUUGGUAAGUCUAGUUUGAAAACGGUCCUUUGCCCAAGGGCCACAUUUGCGGAACUACAUAAUGCACUGUGCUAAUGUUUCUGCCUUUAUUUGAGGAGUGUUUUACAAAUGUUUUUUGAG